CUUAGUUGAGGAGGAAGACCCUCCUAGGGCCUCUGUCUGCCAUCUUCCCCCCUGGAAUCCUGGGCCCCAGAGAUCUAUGGACAGAACAUUCUGCUCCAGCCAAGGUGGUGAGGGCAGCUGCUCCUAAACAGCGCAAAGGCAGCAAGGUUGGUGAUUUUGGAGAUGCAAUCAACUGGCCUACACCUGGAGAGAUAGCCCACAAGAGUGUGCAGCCACAGUCUCACAAGCCUCAGCCUGCCCGUAAGCUGCCACCCAAGAAGGACAUGAAAGAACAGGAGAAAGGAGAGGGGAGCGAUAGUAAGGAGAGCCCGAAAACCAAAUCAGAUGAAUCAGGGGAGGAGAAGAAUGGGGAUGAAGACUGCCAGCGAGGUGGGCAGAAGAAGAAAGGGAAUAAACAUAAGUGGGUUCCCCUGCAAAUAGACAUGAAGCCCGAAGUUCCCAGAGAGAAACUUGCUUCACGCCCCGCUCGCCCACAGGAGCCGAGACAUACACCUGCCAACCGCGGGGAGAUCAAAGGGUCUGAGCCUGCCACCUACAUGCCUGUGUCUGUGGCCACCCCCACCCCAGCCUGGCAACCAGAGACCAAACCGGAGCCUGCCUGGCACGACCAGGACGAAACAUCGAGUGUGAAGAGUGAUGGGGCUGCCCAUUUUGACUACCAAUUUGGCUAUCAAAAGUUUGAUGGUGCAGAGGGGCCUCGAACCCCCAAGUACAUGAACAACAUUACCUACUACUUUGACAAUGUCAGCAGCACUGAGCUUUACAGCGUGGACCAGGAGCUGCUCAAAGACUACAUCAAGCGACAGAUUGAGUACUACUUCAGCGUGGACAAUUUAGAGCGAGAUUUCUUCCUGAGAAGAAAAAUGGAUGCUGAUGGUUUCCUUCCCAUCACCCUUAUUGCUUCCUUCCAUCGUGUGCAAGCCCUUACCACUGACAUUUCACUUAUUUUUGCGGCCCUCAAGGACAGCAAGGUGGUGGAAAUUGUUGAUGAGAAAGUCCGAAGGAGGGAAGAGCCUGAGAAGUGGCCUCUUCCUGGUCCCCCAAUAGUGGAUUAUUCCCAGACUGAUUUUUCCCAGCUUCUCAACUGCCCUGAAUUUGUUCCCCGCCAGCACUACCAGAAAGAGACGGAGUCGGCGCCUGGCUCUCCCCGUGCAGUCACCCCAGUGCCAACCAAAACGGAGGAGGUCAGCAACCUAAAGACACUGCCUAAGGGCCUGUCUGCCAGCCUGCCUGACCUGGAUUCUGAGAACUGGAUUGAAGUGAAGAAACGGCCUCGGCCCUCCCCAGCACGGCCCAAGAAGUCAGAGGAGCCCAGGUUCGCCCACCCGACAUCUCUGCCACAGCAGCUUCCCUCCCAGCAGUUGAUGUCCAAGGAUCAGGAUGAGCAAGAGGAAUUGGAUUUCCUGUUUGAUGAGGAGAUGGAGCAGAUGGAUAGGCGAAAGAACACCUUCACUGCCUGGUCUGAUGAGGACUCUGACUAUGAGAUUGAUGACCGGGAUGUCAACAAGAUCCUCAUUGUUACCCAGACGCCACCUUAUAUGCGCCGGCAUCCUGGGGGCGACCGUACAGGCAACCACACCUCUUGUGCCAAGAUGAGUGCUGAGCUGGCCAAGGUCAUUAAUGACGGGCUCUUCUACUAUGAGCAGGACCUGUGGACUGAGAAGUUUGAACCCGAGUAUUCCCAGAUCAAGCAAGAAGUCGAGAACUUUAAGAAAGUCAACAUGAUCAGCCGGGAGCAGUUUGACACACUGACCCCUGAACCCCCUGUGGAUCCCAACCAGGAGGUUCCUCCUGGGCCUCCCCGGUUUCAGCAAGUUCCCACUGAUGCCCUGGCCAACAAGUUGUUUGGUGCUCCUGAGCCCUCCACCAUUGCCCGCUCUCUACCAACCACUGUCCCAGAGUCGCCAAACUAUCGCAAUGCCAGGACCCCCCGUACACCCCGGACCCCACAGCUCAAAGACUCAAGUCAGACGUCACGGUUUUACCCAGUGGUGAAAGAAGGACGGACGCUAGAUGCCAAGAUGCCUCGAAAAAGGAAGACAAGGCACAGCUCAAACCCACCCUUGGAGAGCCACGUGGGCUGGGUGAUGGAUUCCCGAGAGCACAGACCCCGAACUGCUUCCAUCAGCUCCAGCCCCUCAGAAGGAACACCUGCAGUUGGCAGCUAUGGCUGUACCCCUCAGUCACUGCCCAAGUUCCAGCAUCCUUCCCACGAGCUGCUCAAGGAAAAUGGUUUCACACAACACGUCUACCACAAGUAUCGCAGGCGCUGCCUUAACGAGCGGAAGCGCUUGGGCAUUGGCCAGUCUCAGGAGAUGAACACUCUCUUCCGCUUCUGGUCCUUCUUCCUCCGAGAUCACUUCAACAAAAAGAUGUAUGAAGAGUUCAAGCAGCUGGCUCUGGAGGAUGCCAAAGAAGGCUACAGAUAUGGUUUAGAGUGCCUUUUUCGAUACUACAGUUAUGGCCUAGAAAAGAAGUUCCGGUUGGAUAUAUUCAAGGAUUUUCAGGAGGAAACCGUGAAGGACUAUGAAGCUGGUCAACUCUAUGGGCUGGAGAAGUUCUGGGCCUUCUUGAAAUAUUCCAAAGCCAAAAAUUUGGACAUUGACCCCAAACUGCAAGAAUACCUCGGCAAAUUUCGACGUCUAGAAGACUUCCGAGUAGAUCCCCCCAUGGGUGAGGAAGGCAACCACAAGCGACACCCAGUGGUAGCAGGAGGUGGCAGCGGUGAGGGCAGGAAGCGGUGCCCCUCCCAGUCUUCCAGCAGGCCUGCCACCAUGAUCAACCAACCCCCUACACCACCUACUGGCCAGCCCAUCCGGGAAGAUGCCAAAUGGACAAGCCAGCACUCGGAUACACAGACUUUGGGAAAGUGAAAAGCCCUUUAGCCCUGGGGUUUAGAGUGGGGAAGGGGUGGGGUGGUCGAGGGUCCAUGGGGGUGCCCAGUCCCAGGAGAGGGGACAAAGAAGGGACUGGCCUGGAAUUAAUAGAGCAGGCCUCUGUGCUGAGUAGCAGUGUGUACACCAUUUGGGCUAUUAGAGGUACCCUGGGCAGAGCCUCCACAUAACUCCCUUCUCCUCUCUCCAUGACUCUUCCAUCCCAGCUUCUUCUAAGGGGGGAGGGAAAGGGGGGAGAUUUUUUUAUAUAUAUAUACAUAUAUAUAUAUAUAUAUAUAUAUAUAUAUAUAUAUAUAUAUCAAGUUUUAAAUUAUUGAUAGUUUGUCUGGAUUACCAAAAUCACUCUUCAGCCCUGCCCUUGGCUGAUAUGCCGCAACCCUGAUCCCCACCCACAGCCUCUUCUUGCUCCCCCCCAAGCCAACUAUGCAGCCCACCAGAAGGCCCUGUGGGCCCUGUUGCCCAGCACUGUCCCGUGGAAGGCUCUGACAGCGCCUGGGCCCCAGGAGCACUAGCCCCUGCCUAUGUGGGGUUUGCCAUCACCGUGUUCUCUCCCUGCUGUCCCUACCAUGCCCUUCUGCCAUCUUCUGGGAGAAGGAAACCAAAGGAUCUAAAAGUGGGGGUUGGGGGAGGUUUCAGCCUCUCCCACUCCCCUUUCCCCACACCCCUUACUCCCCAGCCCAGAGAGACGCUGCUCAUACCAGAAAAGACUAUUGAAAGAUGAUUUAUUUUAUUUUUCUCUGACCUUUCCAUCCUUGGAAAAACGGAAAAAAGAAAAAAAAAAAAAGACAAAAUAGACCAUAAAAAAAAAAACCAAAAAAAAAGAAAAAAGAAAAAAAAUCAGAAAACCCCCACCUAAUCCAUAGAAAGUGAUGUCUUUCCCCUCUCCUUGGAAUUUUUUUUGUUUGUUUGUUUUGUUCUUGGAAAUAAUAUUUUUUUAAAAGUUGCCUUAUUGUGGAGCGGGAAUCUGAAAUAAUACCCAAAUGCCUGUUUUCCUCGGUGGAGUCAACCUGAAGAGCUCCCACCUUCUCUGGAUGUGCCUGGGCUUGGACUGGCUGGAUCUUUCUCUGGACUGAGUUGCAUGUACAGUGCCUCCUGCCUGGAGGCAAGAGAGUUGGGGGCGGCUGUCAGAGCCGUGCCCAAAAUAUCCCUGCUGUUGCAUCGUUGAAGCUGACGUCCUGUGUCUGUACACUGCUGCCACUUUCGUGUCCUUGCUCUGCUUGCUGUUGCCUCACGCCAGGCCCCGUCCUGCCGUGACACCCUUCAUCCUACCCUUGGAAUCCCAAGGCCAAGUUUGCUUCAAACUGUUGGAAAACAGAGUUGGCCUGGAUCUGGAACACACUUGUCCUCAGCCCGAGCGUCUUCCCCAUGCCAGAGGGGAAAGGGGAACACCUGGUAGCUGAGGCUUGGAUAUGUUUCUCACAUUGUCCUGAAAGAUCACCGAGACCUCAAGGAA